UCAGGUCAAAGACACAUAACUGUACCGGAUCAACAAUAUCGUCAAGCGCCGUGGCACCCCGCGUCAGAGCGCCGAGCAAUAUUGAAGGUUUUUGGAGAGGCAUUGCGGGAGCUGUACAUGGGAGCCGGGCGCCGAAGCCGCCAGUGGAUUGAGGACUACAACUCCCAGCGCGCACCGCGCGGGGCACCGUUGCUAGGUGCCAACUGGCCCCUUUUGAUCAGUCAUUUCCGGCGAGCGGCAGUGAGAGGUGGGAGAAGGUUGUGUAACGGAACGUGCUGAGUCGUACCUGGGAGUCAGGCCGCACCCAGACCAGGGGGAUAUGGACCCGGAGUCACAGCUGAAUGAAGAUAGAACCGCUGUCCUUUUAGAGUUAAACAGUAUUUUGUCCACCACUCGGAAUCUUGUGUGUGAGCUCAGGACCCUGGUAGCUUUAACAGACCGAGAAGGAGGGAAACUAGCUCAGUCUCAGAACAAAGCUGUGAGCUCCCUGGACAUCUGGAAGCACCUGUUUGCUGCAGUGACUGCAGAAGACAACGGUCCAUUGUUGGAAUAAAAUGGCAGAUGGGGAGACCAACUUGGUUUCCACAGAUCUCUUGCUUCUAAGAGACCCAGACCAUGAAACUAGAUUAUUCAGUGAUGUAAUAUCCCUCAGUGACACUGACUCGGAGACUAAUCCACAAUCACUUAAUUCCAUGUCACCUCUUGGCGAAUCUGAUCCAGAUCCCUGGGACCUAGAUGACUUGCUUGUUGAACCCCAGUGUGAUUACAUGUCAGAUCAUUCUCUGACCACUGUUGGAAACAGUCCUCCAUCGCAGCUGUUUCAGCUACGGGGAACUAGUUCCGGGUUCACUUCACGUAGUCACAAUAUAUUCAGUGGCUUGGAGAAUGCAGUAAAAUUUGAUGCAUCUCAGCCAAAGGACAAGAGGAUCAUUGAAGGAGAAUUCAAACGUCCACCAAAUCCAGCUCCUCAGGGAAAGCUGAUAGAGGGUUCUCCUCCAGGAUGCCUGAGCAGUUCUCCUUCAAAGAGAAAGAUAAUCAUGGAACCUGCCAAAGAAAGGCAGAGCAGUGUCUUGUGUAAAAAGCCACAUUCUGUCCCAGACUAUCUACUGCAUCCAGAACGCUGGACCAAAUACAGCUUGGAAGAUGUUCCAGAAACCAGCAAUAAGAAAAAUACAGCAGUGGCGUUCGAGUUCAUGGAUGUCUUGAAGAAACAAAGAAAAGAAAAAUUUACAACAGACUUCAAUGAAAGCUCCACUUCCUGUUGCAAUCAAGAAUCUGACAGUGUUGCUGGUAAAAUCCUUUUCACAAAGCCAUCCAAACCAGAGAUGACCGAACAGGACAGUCCUGGCAAUAAGCUUGAUGUGAUCAAGAAGAGAGAAAAGAAAGAUGAACUCAGUCCAGUAGAUCCUGGGCAGGUGGAUCUGGCACACUUGGAUUACAGUGAAGUCAAGGAUGUGGAGGAUGUAGAAGCUUGGUGGCAUGAUAAAGAUGUAGGGGAGCUGUCAAAGGACAGGAAACAGAUGACAACAGAAGAGAAGGAGCAUGAGUCAGUCGUGUUUCAUAGUGGAAGAAAAAGAAAUCGGAAGAAUAUCCGAAUGAAACUGAAUAAAGACAGUGAAGAUGACUAAUGUCCACAUGGUUUGAUUGUAAGGCUGUUGAUGCUUUUAAGUGGAUUAUCUUAAAAUCAAUAUUUAGUUAAAUAUUCUUUCAAAGGAUCUGUCUCCUUUUAUGCUGUACUCUAAGUUUCCCAGGAAGGCAGCAAUUAAUUUUGUACAGCUAUCUGAUGUUUGUGUUAUCAAGUGUAUGUGGGGGGGAUGGUGGGUGAUGGUGAGAGAGGAAGAGGCAGGAGAAGUUCAGAAAUGGGUAAAGUUUGUGAUGGAAAAGAGAGAAAUGAUGUAAGACCUUGAACUGUAGUAAAAAUGAAAUGUACACCAUUAAUAAAUAUUUUAUGCUUCAAA